UUCCCGUUUCAGAGUGUACUCCGUUACACUUGGCGGCUCAGGAAGGGCACGAGGCGACGGCAGAGAAGCUCAUCGACAAAGGCGCUGAUGUGAACGCGAAGACCACAAAAGGGAACACCCCGUUAUACCUGGCAAUUCACAACGGGCACACAGCGAUGGUAGAGGCGCUCGUUGCUAAAGGCGCUGACUUGAACGCUAAGAACAACGCUGGUCAGACAGCGAUGCACAUAGCAGCUUCGGAGGGCCAUCUCCACGUCCUGUACACGCUGGUGAAGCUUGGCGUCGCUACCAACGCGAGGAACGGCCGAGGAAAGACGCCCAAGGAAAUGCUGAAAGGAACUUCCACGACUGCAGAUUACGACAUGGAAGUCUUCAAAGGCAUCUCACUGAUAGAGAUAAUGGAGAAGUACCUCGCAGCUGAAAAGGGGAAGGUCGGCCUACAGAGAGACAAGAGGGCGCUUCAGAAUGAACAUAAAGAGGAGCUGAAGAGGAUGAAGGAAGAUCAGAGAAGAAGAGACGCUGACUCUCGGGGAAUGAAGAAGGAAAUCGCUGCUUUGAAAGAGAAGAUCAAGGCGAUGGAGGAGGAACACAGAACAGAACUGCAGAACGUCACAGAAAAGGAACAAGAAAAAGAAGCGACGAUGAAGAAUGAAAUAAUCCGUUUAAAGGAAACGAUUGAGGAACACAGAACAGAACUGCAGAACGUCACAGAAAAGGAACAAGAAAAAGAAGCGACGAUUAAGAAUGAAAUAAUCCGUUUAAUGGAAACGAUUGAGGAACACAGAACAGAACUGCAGAACGUCACAGAAAAGGAACAAGAAAAAGAAGCGACGAUGAAGAAUGAAAUAAUCCGUUUAAAGGAAACGAUUGAGGAACACAGAACAGAACUGCAGAACGUCACAGAAAAGGAACAAGAAAAAGAAGCGACCAUGAAGAAUGAAAUAAUCCGUUUAAAGGAAACAAUUGCCCAGCAUCAGGAGGAAAAGGAGAGCGGAGAGGAUGAACAGCGAGAAAGGGAGAGGGAGGCAGCCAGCGAGAACAAGAUGCUGAACUCAAAAAUUGCUGUCCUGAAGGAGACGAUUCAGAUACUACAGGAACAAAAUGCGAAGGAACUGCUGAGUCUCCGAAACGAGCAGCACUUGAAGGAAACCGAGGCAGCGACCCAGCUCAAGGCUCGAAACAGGAGAGUCAAGACGCUGAAGCGUCAAGUCAAAGAGAAAGAGGCUGAAAAUGAACGACUCAUUUCGGAAGGAGAAAAAAAUAAAAUCAGCCAAUUGGAGGCCCAGCUAGAGCAAAAGGAGGCUUUGAUAAAAACUUUGAGAUCCCGACUGAAACGGAGAGAUAGUCAAAUAAAGAAAGUGGAGGAAUCUCUUGAGGCUCUAAAGCAACCAGACAACGAAGACGAGAGUGAAUCUGACGAGGUUUCCGAAGCAGAAAAUACGGACGAGUCUUUAUAAACAGAAUCCUAACUAGCUCUACAGAUGGGGGCUACGUACUUUUUUCCCCCUCAUGCUGAUUUCUCUUCGGGCCGUAGGUUGGCUACCCAUACGAGGCGUAGAGACUGAUAAAGGAUCCCAUAUGCGCUGUCCACCAGCUCGAAGAGGGCUGACCAUGUUGGACACAAGUAGGCCAAUAAGGAAUAUUCCCAUGUGGCUGUAUCUUUCAAUAAUAUGUAUACGUUUUAGUUUAUUUCAGGAGUUAGAUAAAAGGCAAAAUUAUAUAUAUAUACACAAAUAUAUACAUACAUAUAUACACAGAUGAAAUGAAUAUACGCAUACGUACUGUACAGUGCGUGUUGUGGUCGGCGGUUAAAGUAUUGUAGAAUAUAAUAUUAUUACCAUUAUUAUUAUUAGAAUCAGUUGUUCUUGUUAAAAUCAUGUUUAUACCAUUGCUGCUAUUGUAACUAUUAUUGUUAUAUUAUUGUUAUACUGUAGUAUUUCUCUGAGACUCUAAGGAAACACGUAUAAAUAUAUUGGCAAGUGUUCCUGUCACUAUCAUUUGUAAGCGGUCCAAAUCUGUGCUUUUGUCACAACAUUUCUUCUAAUUGGUCAUUGUCUUAUAUAUGAUGUUAUUACUUUACUGUCAGAUAUUGUCCCAAGGAGAGAACUUUGUUGUUUCCCAUUUGUCAGAGUAAGUGGUGUUUAUGUAAGAGAAGCGAAGAAUACACACACAUACACACACACGCACGCGCACACACACACACACAAACACACCAACAUAUAUAUAUAUACAUAUAUCUAUUUCAUAUUUUUUUCUGGUUAACCGUUUAAAUUUAAAUUAAAGAUGAAGAUCUUUACGCUUUAUCUUUAUGGGUAUGGAUAUGGAAUAUGAUGAAAUGUAAAUAAAAGGAUAUAUUAUGAAAUA